CCACGCUUCUCUUCUUUCUUCGCUCCAGAGAGACGAGGUUUGGAGAAGAGAGACCAGAAACUUCCGAUCCAAUCCCCUUAGAACUCCGAACCCAUAAUCCUUUUCUUUCUUUCUUAUUUAAAGAAAGAUGACAGCUUCACCUUCUCACCGAUGAUUUCUUGAAAUCAUUAGAGAACCCAAAACCCCUAAAAAUCCUCGUACAUUUCCGUCGACCUCCUUCCGUCCCCCUCUCAAAACACAUUUCGAGAAAUCUAUGGAUUUUUUUGGGGCUCGUCGUCGUCAAGCUCAAGCUUGCAUUUUCCCCUUCGAUCUUGGGCCUAGGGUUUCGCCUUCCCCAAGUCUUCUCCCGAUUUCCACAGCUGCCUCCGUCGAGAGCUUCGAGACAUCGAUCCGCAUCAAGAACCCCCGAAUCUGACCGUCUAAUCUCGAAUUGUUCUUAGACAAUUCACCGUACUUCGUUCCCGGAGCUGAUCGGUUUCAAACGACGAUUUCAGGCGAGGUUGCGUUUCGAGAAACCUAGGGUUUCGUACUCCACACUCUGUGAGGCGUCGUUCCUUUCUCAAGAAGCUUCGAUCUCACUAUCACUGAACUUCGCUCUCGGAGCCUCUUCUUCCUGCGACGAUGACAACCAAGAUUGUUUGGCCAGACAGAAAGACUGUUUCAUUCCCCCCUGAUCUGCCAGAGAAAGUGGAUUGGAGGAACAAAGGGGUUCUGCACGAAAUAAGAGACCAACAAAACUGCACUUGUUGCUGGGCACUUGUUUCUUGUGAGGCUAUUUCAUCCAUGGAUAUGAUAAAACAUAAGCGUGAAGGCAUUAAAGUGCUCUCUCCACAGGAUUUAGUUAACUCUAUGGAACCCAAGGACCAGAAAAAGAACAAAAAAAAAAUGGUUGUUAUAUUUCAUCAAUUAACAAGGCCUUCAAGCACAUUAUGGAUCAUGGGGUCAGAUAUGAAUUUGAUUGUCAAUACUUGGCUAAAAAAACCUGUCAUACUCCACCUCCACAAAAGGGGGAGCGCUUCUUUAAAAUUAAGGGUUUUAUCACAAUCAAGGACGAUGAUAGUGCAAAUCGUGAAGUAUCUCUUCUUAAGGCUGUUUCUGCGCACCCUGUCCCCGCCAUGAUAGAGGUGCGCCGGUGUCUGUUUCAAGGAUAUUACAUGAAACGGCAAGAGGUAUAAAUUUUAUUUUUCCUACUUGUACACUUUCCAUAUAGCAACACAUGUAAUUAGGAGAAAUAGUUACUUUUGUCUUGGAUGAAAAAUCUCAUGCAAUCCUCCCAAG